AUGAAGAGAAUUGUUGUCAUCCAAGAUUAUGGUGAAGUGAUGGGAGCAGAGAAUAGUGAUAAUGAACAAUGCCAAGAUGGUAAUAGCACAGAGCAGCAUCACAAAGACAUUGAAUCUAGUAAUAUUGAACAAUGCCAAGAAGAGGGUAAUAGCAUUGAGCAAUGUCAUGAAAACAUUGAAUCUAGUACUAGUGAUAAUGAACAACGCCAAGAAGAGGAUAAUAGCAUUGAGCAACAUCACAAAAACAUCAAAUCACCUCCACCUCUCCCACCACCUCAUUUAUUUUCUUUUACACCAUCUCCUGAGUUGAACACAAAUGAUACUGAACUACAGCAUUUUAAUGAAAGUGAUAUUCUUAUUCCUCUGAUGAUGACUCACUUUACAUAA